ACGAGGUGGGACGACAGGAAGGACGCCUUUGAACUGGGCACACUGAGUCUCCCAAAAGCGCUUUCACUUAACAGAUCUCGCCGGCAGUCUGCAGGCUGGGAAAUCCUACUUAAGCACUUGAGAACUUCGCUCCAGGUGUGUAUAUAAGCAUGUGCCCGUGAGACAAAGAGAGGCAGAGACUUUGCUACCUCACUUUGCAACCAGAAGUUGGAAAGUCUCAUUUGAUAUCUGCCUCACAAAUAUUUCAAACCUACUCUCCUUCCUCACACUGUCUCCUUAGGUGAAGCCCUUGUCUUUCUUUUGAGACUAUUACAACAGACUAUAACCUCUGACAUUGGCUCCUUUCCAAUAAUUAGUUUUUAUGUGAAAAAUCUAAAAAACAAGACAACCACAAGAAAAAAAAAAAUACACAGAUCCUCUUCUUAAAAACUUCCCCCGCCUGUAGAAUAACAAAUUUCUCAUGCAAACAUUUGGGGGUCUCCACAAGAUGGUCCUUUUGGGAUUUUCCUCUGCUGAAGCCUGAGCUUUGGCCACUUUGCAUUGCUCUCUCAAUAUCCUCCUGGAAGGUCUGGCCAUGAUGAAUAAACUGCCAUCUGGAUCCCUUACAAAGGCAAGUUCUAGGACAAGCCCAAAGAAGUAUCCUGGAUCCUGUUCCAAUAAUUCUUCUCCUGCUUCGGAGGCACAUCUGCCAGCCCAGUCCUCCUAGAGAUCUGGAUCUCUAGUUCUCACUGAGCACUUCCCGACCCCCUUCUUAGAGUUACUCUGUGUGUGUGCUUGGCAUUCAGGAGGUGGAGGGGGUUGAGGUGGGGGUGGGGUUUGACUUAAUGAAAUCGGAAGCAAAAAUCAGUUGAGGACACCAGCCACAGAGGUGACCUGAUUUGGGCUACAGAGGUAUUGUGUGUUAGAUCCACGUUACUUACUGCAUUCUUGAGGGUGUUUUAUCAAGCCACGGGGAUGGGGGACCUGGUUUAAUCACAACCCACAUGCCUGGAGAUUAUGGCUUAUUAGAUUGUGUUUGCCCAAGUAAAGUCGUACUCUGCAGUUUUCUGGCAAUUCUACAAGUAUCUUUUAAGCACACAGUGAGACAUUUAAGAGGUCUGUGUUACUUGCUUCACAUACAUAAAUAAUUUUCAAUAAAAAAUCAGUGUGUGAAUAAUUUAUUUUCUCCACCGAUUGCAAGCCAGCUGUUUGGAAAACCACUCAGAAGAGCUAAGGUAAGCCUCGUCCUCAAAAUUACUUUUAAAUUCACAAGGAAAAGAGGAUAUUUUCUUCUUCUCCUUAAGGUUGGCUGAAAAUUGGGAGCCUUAUUGUAAUUGUUUUGGCCUUGGGGAUCAUUUCUCAUGAAAAAGUGAACAGGCCUGGGAAACCCGAGUCUCCACGGAUCAUCCAGCAGCAAAGCCUGGGCGAUGCUGCCCAGAGGAUUUGUGUGGGAUCCCAUUUUGGGGGGUGAAACAAACACAAACGCUCCUUCCCCGGGGGGCGGGGCGAGGCUGGGGGAUGAACCAAUCACAGCACGCCCUGCCCUAUAUAAGGGCUUGAGGUCCUGAGACGUUUCACGCUUUUCAAGGCCGGUGCCGUUAGCUUGUCUUCUUGUGAUGUCUGAGACGGUUCCAGCGGUCGCAGCUGGCACUGCUUUGGCUUCUAUGGAGAAUCCUUCAGCCAAGAAGAGAGGGAGGAAACCAGGGGGCAUACCAGAGGCCGCCCCCAAGGCCCCAGGCCUCUCUGUGUCCAAGUUGAUCAUGGAAGCCCUCUCCGUGUCCCAGGAGCGAGCAGGUAUGUCCCUGGCCGCGCUCAAGAAGGCGCUGGCGGCCGCCGGCUACGACGUGGAGAAGAACAACAGCCGCAUCAAGCUGUGCCUCAAGAGCCUGGUGAGCAAGGGGACCCUGGUGCAGACCAAGGGCACCGGCGCCUCGGGCUCCUUCAAGCUCAGCAAGAAGGCUCUUCUUCCUACACCUGCCAAGAGCAGGGUCAAGAGGCCGCCUUCCACCAAGACCAAGAGGCUGGUCUUGUCCAGGGAUUCCAAGUCUCCGAAGGCUGCCAAGACCAACAAAGCCAAGAAGCCCGGGGGGGCAGGCGCACAGAAGGCUGCUUGUAGUGGCAGGAAGGCCAAAGGCGCCAAAGACAAACAGCCCCGGAAGAGCCCAGGCAAGGCCCCCACUGGGAAACCCAAGGCGGCCAAGCCCAGGCUCAACCAGCAGAAGGUCAACCCGCGGAAGGCGGUGUCCAAGAAGUGAGCCAGAGCAAGUCCCCUCAACGAACCCAAAGGCUCUUUUAAGAGCCACUCCAAGUGCUUUAAAAGCGGCAUGGCACUGAACUUGUAGAAGCUUCUAUACGGUCGCUCAUGAGGUCUCUUAGAAGUAGAAAGGAUCUAUUUCAAAGUCCUUUGCCUCGUCGAAAAGUGGGUUGCUGCACACUAUAGUUAGAGUAGGGCACAUGGCCUUGGGUAACCUCCAUACUUCUCCGGGCAGACUAAUGCUUAAGGUCGAGGAAUGCAUGGAGGUAGCUCUGCACAAACCAGACUUCUUUCUGAGUGGUUACGUUGCAGUUUGAUCUUUUAUUCGGUGUUGUACUAAGUAGGGUUUCCUAACUGUCUACAACUUUCUGGGGGUCAGUACCUGGGAAUCCAAUAACGAUUUGGACUGGGGGAUUUUAAGUCAUUGAGGGAGUUUUUCAUUUGGUAAAAAGUAAUAUUAAGUUUACAGUUGAAAGCAUACUGAAAUAACAUUCUCAUUCCCAAAAUACUGUAGUCACAUUUAAGAAAUUGGUUUGAUAAUAGCUUUAGUCGAAUACAAUUUUAAUUUUUUUUUUUUUUUAAGAUUUUAUUUAUCAUGAGAGACACAGGCAAGCUCCCUGUGGAAACCCCAUGUGGGACUCCAUCCCAGAACUGAGGGAUCAUGACCUGAGCCCAAGUCAGACAUUCAACCACUGAGUCACCCAGGUGCCCCUAAUUCUAUGUAUUUUAUGAAGGGAGUGUGUAGGCUUGUCCAAAUUGUGUUCCACAAGCUGAGAGAUAUUAAACCUUUAUGGAAAUAUUGCAGCUGCCAAGUUAAGGUCCAAACUGAACUAAAUCACAAAAACUAUUAUUAGGUUCUCCAAGGUCCAAGUUAAAGCAUUUCUCAUUUUAAGCAAAAUUAGUUUUUCUGCUUUCACUUAAUUGGGGAUUUAGCACUCCUAAAGAUUACUAUAUUAAAUUCAUGGUGUUAAUCUUAUUUUGGGCCUUGGGUGUUUGGGGCAACCUUGAACAAAGCCCAGUACAAAACUUGUAUAUGCAAUCUUGCAUAGAUAAUCUUUAAUAUACAAGUUUGUACUACAGAUAACUCACUAGGGCCUAGCCUUUCUAAACUCAUUUACGUAAUUGGGCCUCUGACAACAAUGGGAAAUGAAUAAACAUAGUGGUUUAAAGUUGUAUAGAAAUCAACCACAGCCCGUGCUUGCUUGGGUAUGGAGGCCAGUUUGCUUUCAGGCUGGAGCUGCAGCGCCGGGAAACGCCUCACUGGCCUGGCAAGGCCUCAAGUCCCGAGUGCAGCGGCCACGCCCACGAGAGGGCUGACCCGACUCCGCCAGGCCGCCCGCAGGUCCCGAGCUCUGCUCGAAUCGGUCCAGAACUGGCCCUGCGAUCCCGAGCGCCUGGCAUUCAGCAGGCUAAAAAAAAAAAAGUUAAGGUUUUUCCUACAGUUCCGGGGACAGCUAUUCAACCCUUUUUAGCCAACGGAAAUAUUGCCCUGAAACUCCCGCCCCUUCAGUUUACCUCCCGCGGACACCGAGGAUCCUCCAAAGUACCUUCGGUGACCUACCAAUUAGUCGGUAAAACUCCCCCAAAGCCACUUCACUUUACGUAAUGGACUUUAAAACAUUUUGCAAAAAAUUACUUUCCUGUGGCGCUAUCCCAUCAUGAGCAAACCCCUGCAUAAACGUUAAUGAUCAUACUAUGCAGAAGUCCCGUACGUAAUACGGAGGGAACCUCCGUAACCCUAACAAUUUACACCAAGCACAACAGCCCCUUAAAUAACUUCGUGGGCGGCCCUGAAAAGGGCCUUGGUGUUUACGAGAAUGGCGGAUGCGGCGCACUCAGCCGCCGAAGCCGUAGAGGGUGCGGCCCUGGCGCUUGAGCGCAUAGACCACGUCCAUGGCCGUGACCGUCUUGCGCUUGGCGUGCUCCGUGUAGGUGACGGCGUCCCGGAUCACGUUCUCCAGGAACACCUUGAGCACCCCGCGGGUCUCCUCGUAGAUGAGGCCCGAGAUGCGCUUGACGCCGCCGCGCCGGGCCAGCCGCCGGAUGGCGGGCUUGGUGAUGCCCUGGAUGUUGUCGCGCAGCACCUUGCGGUGGCGCUUGGCGCCGCCCUUGCCCAGCCCCUUCCCGCCCUUGCCGCGACCAGACAUGGUUGCCGAGGAAGUGACUCCUCCGCCGGCACGCAGCCCUUUAAAUAGGAUAUUUGCGGACCUGAUUGAGAACAGCACCCCUGAUGGUUUUCCAAAUUAGGUCAGCCUGGGGGCGGGGCAAGAAGACCUCGUCACCAUCUCGACGUUUUGAUUGGCCGGUGCAACCUCGCUCUUCGUCGGAGCGUCUUCGCGGACGCGCAGGUUAUGGCUCUUCUUCGGCUGAAAAUUUUCUUUCCUGCGUUGUUUCUUCCUCGCGCGUUUGCAAAUUUAAUAUGUUUCUACCAGACAUUUAUUGGGUGACUCCUGUUUCUACAAGUCUGGGAGAGAACCUGGGAACCGAAAGAUAAGCUUGGACAUCCCUCCCCUGGACCCUCUUCCAGGCCUGCCGGGCCUGCCGGAUCUGCCUGCAAUUCCUAAUAAGCUCCCC